AAAUGCGCGCAAAGGAGUCCCUGCGCUCCAUCCCUCCGUCCAUAGCCAAACCAUGCACUGACUCUCUCUUUCGACCGGCGCUUGGUAGUUGGAGAAGACGGAAGAUACAAGAAGCAACUCCUCAAGAAAAUCAAACUUCGGCCGGGAGCAAAACGACAGGAAAAAGCGAAGAAAAAUCGUCAAGAUCAAUCACGAACCGCCACUACUAAAAUCUGAGGAAGAGAUAUAAGGUCAACUUCACGGCCUGAUCUCCAUAACCAAAAGCAAAACCUCUUUCUCUAUAUCUCUCCCUGCAAUGCCACCUAAGCAACCCGACGAGCAGCAGCCGCUCCUCCCUGGCUCCACCGAUGCGGACGACGAGGCUGCGGCGUAUGACCCUGCCCAGAAGAUCCAUGUUGUCGGCAUUGGUGAUGAGGCCGGCGGGGCCGACCCCGGCACCACGCCGCCCUUCUCGUGGAGGAAGCUGUGGCUCUUCUCCGGCCCGGGGCUCCUGAUGAGCAUCGCGUUCCUCGACCCGGGGAACCUGGAGGGGGACCUCCAGGCCGGGGCGGUGGCCGGGUACUCGCUGCUGUGGCUGCUGCUGUGGGCCACGGCGAUGGGGCUGCUGGUGCAGCUGCUGGCGGCGCGGCUGGGCGUGGCCACGGGGAAGCACCUGGCGGAGCUGUGCCGGGAGGAGUACCCCGCCUGGGCGCGGCUGGCGCUGUGGUUCAUGGCCGAGGUGGCGCUGGUCGGGGCCGACAUACAGGAGGUCAUCGGGAGCGCCAUCGCCAUCAACAUUCUGAGCAAUGGGGUCUUGCCGCUCUGGUCUGGCGUCAUCAUCACUGCUGCUGACUGCUUUAUCUUUCUGUUCCUCGAAAACUACGGCGUAAGGAAACUGGAAGCGGUCUUCGCUUUUCUCAUAGCGUUGAUGGCGCUCUCGUUCGCAUGGAUGUUUGGCGAAGCAAAGCCGAGCGCUGUCGAGCUACUUCUCGGCGUUUUGAUUCCGAAACUCAGCUCCAAGACGAUCACGCAAGCGGUGGCAGUUCUGGGCGGCAUCAUAAUGCCCCACAACGUGUUCCUGCACUCGGCCCUCGUGCAGUCGCGCGACUUCGACCGCACCAAGAAAGGCCUGGUCCAAGAAGCCCUCAACUACAACAACAUAGAGUCCUCUGCCUGCCUCGCUGUCUCCUUCGUCAUCAAUCUCUUCGUCACGGCCGUGUUCGCAGAGGGUUUCUACGGGACCGCCGUCGCUGACAGCAUCGGCCUCGUUAACGCCGGGAAGUACCUCCAGGAGAAGUUUGGCGGGGGCGUCAUUCCGAUCAUGUACAUAUGGGGGAUUGGCCUAUUAGCUGCAGGGCAGAGCAGCACCAUAACCGGGACUUAUGCAGGGCAGUUCAUAAUGGGGGGAUUUCUCAAUAUAAGGCUGAGGAAAUGGGUGAGGGCGCUGAUCACGCGCAGCUGCGCGAUCGUGCCGGCGAUGGUCGUCGCCCUUGCGUUCGACACUUCGGAGGACAGCUUGGAUGUUAUGAACGAGUGGCUGAACGUGCUUCAGUCCGUGCAGAUCCCCUUCGCUCUCAUUCCGCUUCUCUGCCUUGUCUCCAAGGAAGAGCUGAUGGGGAGUUUCCGGAUCGGCCCUGUCCUCCAGGUGAUUGCUUGGCUGGUGGCUGCACUGGUGAUGGUGAUCAACGGCUAUCUUCUGGUGGACUUCUUCUCCAGCGACGUCCAACUAGGUGCCAUCCUUGUCACCGUGGUGUGUGCUCUUGCGGUCGCAUACGUUUCGUUCAUAAUUUACCUUGUUCUGAGGGGAAUCAACCUUCCCGCUCUGCGCGAUUUUUUACGGCCGAAAAGAGCCGUCGCUAACAUGGAGGACCUAUAAUUGCAUAUCUUCGGGUGGCCAUUUAUGUACAUAGCAUAUCUCUGAUUUUCACGAUCGUUUCGGCGGCUAUGCUUUCUAGAUCAGCUAUCCAAAUCGACGCGACGGAGCGUUCUUAUUUUCAGUAGAAAUAGGCAUUUGAUGAACAGCAUUCGUGCUUUAGAUGUAUCAAGUGCCUCGAUGUAGUCAUUGAUCUGGGCUAACUGCAACGGUCCAAUCCUAGUAUUACCCCGGCUUUCUCCCUAAAUAAAAGCUCUUUUCCAUGAUUACUAAAA